UAACUAAUAACGUCUGAACAUAAUAUUUCAUUUUUUGCAGGUGAUUGACAUAAAACUUCUGAAUUUUACUGAAACUUUUUGAUUUUGCCUAAUAAAUAUUUCGAUAUUCAGAAAAAUUUCAUUCUCUAAUAAUUCUUUUCAGACUGUUGGCAACGAAAACAGCAGUCAAAAGAUAACCUUUUUCAAAACUUUGAAUAACAACAUAUGUUCUUUCGCUACAAUAAUGACCCAACUACAAGAAAAAAUCUCUAAUCUUUCGCAAACUCUCGUCCAACUUUGUGUUGGUGAGUUGUCAAAAGAAACACUAGAUAAAAUACUUGAGACCCUAAAAACUAUGAAAGUUCUUGGGGCCACUGAAGAAACAAACUCAUCCUAUGCUAACGCAAAGAGUUACUUGCGUGAAUGUGAACUAAAGGCUAAGGCACAAUCAAAGUUGAAUGAAGAACAAUUGUCAAGAAUUAGCAACCAAAAAGCCGCUUACGCUCGGCUAGUCAGUGAACAACAAAUACCACUUAAUAUGCAAUUAGGAAUGCUAUCUAAAGAACAGGCUGAGAAGGAAAAAGAAGACCUACUUUCAUAUAAACUAGCUAGAACAGUAAUCUUUGACGACUUUACAGGAGAAAUCCCUAUACCUAACAUACCAACACCUGAAAAUGUUGAGAAGAUGCAAUACGAAGCUGAAGAAAGUGAACAUUCUUUACGUGCCAGAAUACAAAAUCGUAUUAGGCAACUUGAAAGCUUACCAUCCAAUUUAUCAAAUGAUCCACCUGCACUCAGAAGUCAAGUAAAUGUAGAAUUAAGAAAUAAGCCUGGCCCAAAAAUUAAAGCAUUAAUAGAACUUAAAAGUUUAAAAUUAUAUAAGAUACAGCAGAAGAUUCGACAUGAUGUAUUACAAUAUUCACAAUUUAGGAAACCAGAACCUAUCGUGUCUAUGGUUAACCGUAGGCGACCAGUAAAGCAAAAGAUACGAACUUGGACCGCCACUCAGGCAGCGGAAAAAGAGAGAGUUGAGAGAUCGACACGCAGCCAAAGGCUAAUGCGACAGGAUUUUCUAGAUAAUAUUAUAGCUCACGGUGAUGAUAUGAUAAGCCGCAAUAAGAAGAAACAGAACAUGAGAAUGAAAUUAGGUCGUGCCAUUUUGAAUUAUCAUGUGAUCCUUCAAAAAGAGUAUCAAAGAAAGACAGAUCGAUACUCUAAGGAACGAUUAGCAGCGUUAAAGAAUAAUGACGAGGAGGCCUACUUAAAACUUAUUGAUGAGGCAAAAGACACUCGUAUUACUCAUCUAUUAAGGCAAACGGACGUUUAUCUCGAGUCAUUAGCAAAGGCAGUAAUUGCUCAACAAAACGAAUUUCAACAAUUUUCACCUAUGGAUUCAUCUCUGAAACCUGGUAGUAGUAUCAUACGACCAAAUGAUACAUUUAUUACAUCGGCCAAUAAUAAUCAUAACUUCUUGAAUAAUGUUGCGAUAUCAAAUGAUAGUCAUAUUCAGGCAGUGAGUGGGACUAUCGAAACAGCAAUUAAUGGUGAUUCUACUCGUUCUACUGAUAAUUCUAUGAAAAUAUCAAAUCUUCUUAUUAACGAUGCCGUUCCAGAUACUAGUAAAAGUGAGAAUAAAAAUGAGGAAAACACCUAUAUAACAAAUGAAGUUGAUAUUAACGAUCGUUCCAAUGACGAUCUCACGGGUGUAGUUGAUCUCAGUAAGCCCUCGACUCCAGUUGAAGAUGAAGAUAAUAUUAUUCAAACUACGGAUGGAAAGAAGAUUGAUUAUUAUGCUGUCGCGCAUCGUAUACAAGAAGAAGUACAUCAGCCUAUCAUGUUAGAUGGUGGUACAUUGAAGGAAUAUCAACUCAAAGGUCUUCAAUGGAUGGUUUCAUUGUAUAAUAAUCGUCUUAACGGAAUCCUUGCUGAUGAAAUGGGUCUUGGUAAAACUAUUCAGACGAUAUCUUUGAUAACUUAUCUCAUCGAAAAGAAACAACAACACGGUCCAUUCUUGAUUAUUGUUCCAUUAUCAACUUUAACCAAUUGGAAUUUGGAGUUUGAUAAAUGGGCACCUUCUGUUAAAAAAUGUAUUUAUAAAGGCCCACCUCCUGAGCGUAAAGAGAUUCAGAAGCGAUAUUUAAGACACGGCAACUACCAUGUCUGCCUAACAACUUACGACUUCAUCAUUAAAGACAAGACGGUCUUGAGCAAGCCAAAAUGGCUUUAUGUUAUUAUCGACGAAGGUCACCGUAUGAAGAACACAAAUUCAAAGCUAUCCAUGGUUUUGUGUAAUGAUUAUGUCUUUCGAUAUCGAUUAAUAUUAACUGGAACACCAUUGCAGAAUAAUCUGCCAGAAUUGUGGUCUUUAUUGAACUUUGUUUUACCAAAAAUAUUUGAUUCUGUGAAGAGCUUUGAUGAAUGGUUUAACACUCCGUUCGCGAAUACAGGUGGUCAAGAUAAGAUCGCAUUGAACGAAGAAGAAUCUUUAUUGAUUAUCCGUCGGUUGCACAAGGUUUUGAGACCUUUCCUGCUUCGAAGAUUAAAAAAAGAUGUGGAAUCAGAACUUCCUGAUAAAAUCGAGACUGUUAUAAAAGUCAAGAUGUCAGCUUUACAAGUGAAACUUUUCAAUCAAAUGAAAAAACAUGGAGCCUUAUUUGUUAAUAAAGGCGAGAAAGGAAAAACUGGUAUUAAAGGACUCAAUAAUACCAUUAUGCAACUCCGUAAGAUUUGCAAUCAUCCAUUCGUAUUUGAGGAGGUUGAAAAGGACACGAAUCUUCAUAAUGAUAAUAAUCUCCUUUAUCGUGUUUCCGGUAAAUUCGAGUUUUUGGACCGGGUUUUACCCAAAUUUUAUCAGAGCAAGCAUAGAGUCUUAAUUUUCUUCCAAAUGACAACUAUUAUGACUAUAAUGGAAGAUUAUCUUGCUUGGCGUGGAUAUCAUUUUCUCCGACUGGACGGCAGUACAAAAGCAGAUGAUCGGUCAGCUAAACUUAAAGAAUUCAACGACCCAAAUUCACCUCAUUUUAUCUUUCUACUCAGUACAAGAGCUGGUGGAUUAGGUUUGAAUUUACAGACCGCAGAUACAGUUAUUAUAUUUGACUCUGACUGGAAUCCUCAUCAGGAUCUCCAAGCUCAAGAUCGUGCCCACAGAAUCGGACAAACCAACGAAGUCAGAAUUUUACGAUUAAUUUGUCAAAAAUCGAUCGAAGAGACUAUUCUCGCAAGAGCUCAGUAUAAACUUGAUAUCGAUGGUAAAGUCAUCCAAGCUGGUAAAUUCGAUCAGAAAAGUACCGCUGAAGAGCGUGAAGCUUUUCUACGUUCUCUUUUGGAAACCGGUGACGCAGAAAUUAAUGAUCCUGAAGACGAGGAACGAGAGGUUUUAGAAGAUGAUGAGAUCAAUUUACUAAUUUCUCGGAACGAAGAGGAGCUCGAGCUAUUUAAAAAAAUUGAUAUUGCCAGGCAGAAAAGAGAAGAAGAGCUUUGGAAAGAAUCUGGUGGAGAUGGUCCUCUACCUGCAAGAUUAAUUCAAGAAAAUGAGUUGCCUGAGGUAUAUAAGAAAGAAUAUGAGACACGUCCUGGUGAUUCUACUGAAUAUGGUCGAGGACAAAGACAAAGGAAAGAAGUAUAUUAUACUGACGGUUUAACAGAUGAGCAAUUUAUUAAUAUUAUAGAUAUGGAUGAAGAAGAGUUUAACAGAGUUAUUGCUGAAAAGCAAAAACUACUCCUUAAGAAUCGAGAAAAUUCAAGGAAACGUAUGUUUCAACAGAAAGGCGAAGAUUCCCAAGCAACAGCAGAAUCUGUUGCGGAGACUUCCUCAAUUUCAUCAUCCGUACGUACUUCCAAGAGGGUUGCAAAACUUAAGGCAGAAAAUGAUGCUGAUAUUGACACAGACCCUAUGGCAACACCUUCAAUGUCUAUUAAACUUUCUCGCAGGAAAGGAAAAGGUAAAAUGAUUGAACAACUAAGCCCUGAAGAAAAUGAUCAAUCCCAAGAUACAUUUUCUUCUUCCAGACCUAAAAGAAAGAUUAAAAGGUUUAAAAUAUUCGAGGAUGAUGACGACAUGUUUAAUAAAAGCCUAUUUGAGGAGUCAUCAACACUUAUAUCUAUCAAAGGAAAAAAACGAAAGCAUAAUACGGAUGACAAUAAACGUCGAUUAAAGUUAACUGAUUUUAAUGAUGGCAAGGAGAAAGUUAUGAGAAUGAAGCCUAUUUUUCAGGAAUGUAUUUCUCACAUUGAAAAUGUGAAGGAUGAAAACUCAAGAGUACGGGCGGAAAUCUUUUUUGAUCUUCCAAGUAAAAAGGAAUACCCAGAAUAUUAUAGAAUAAUUAAGAGGCCAAUUGCUAUUAACACCAUCAGAUCUCGGAUUGAGAAAGAAAAAUAUAAAACGCUUGGCCAGUUCCGAGAUGAUGUAAUCUUGAUGUUCCGAAAUGCACAAAUCUUCAACGAAGACGAUUCUGAGGUUUUUAAAGACUCCCAAGCGUUAGAAAAGGAGUUUGACAAUAGAUUCCGAGAGCUUACAAGAGAAACCGAAGAAUUAUUAAAUUUCGACAAUGUCGAGCCGAUGGAAGUUGACGAUUUCCUUGUAUAAUGUGAUUAUAUUUUUUCAAGCUAAACUUAUGAAUAGUAGUAAUUAGUUUAACAUUGACUGUAAAAGUUAAUUACAUAAAAUCCUGUAAAUAAAAAAAAAUAAUAAUAGUUGAAUUAGAUUACAUUGUUAUGAAUUAAUAAUAAUUAACUAUUAAGGCUUAUAAUAUUUAAAAUAUGUAAA